AUGACCAUUUUAUAUUUGUAAACUAUAAGAAUAAUGAUUAGGAAUUGAAUAAUAUUACGAGACAAAUAUAGUCAGUACAACCCCACCCAACUAUGUCCCUUCGCGUCACAGUUUAUUUUUCAGUUCCCCAUCCAAGGGAAACAACUGUAAAUGAAAUGACUCUUGACCUAUUUGCAAUGCCUAAAAUAAGAACGAAACUAAAGAAAAUAAAGAGACCAAGAUUAUAAAUUAACCAUCAUAGAGAAGUUGAAGUGUUGUGAAGAUUGAAUCAUGGCGUCUCUAGAUAUGUAUCUAUACUGUGGACUGACGCUCGUAUUAGCAUACUUAAUUUAUAGAUGUUCUACCUUAGUAACCGGCUACAUGCAAUGGUUGAAACUAAACAACAAUUUUGUUCAUUUACCGUUCCACUGGUUUUUAGGAACUUUACACUUGGUUGAUUAAAAACUUCAAGGAUGUGUUUGUUAUACACGAGUCAAUGGUUAAAGCAGGUCAUAAGGUCAUAUUAUACUGGUUCGGUCCAUAUAGACCUGUUUUAGCCACAGUUCAUCCAGAAACAGUCAAAGUCAUCUUGAAAUCUACAGCCCCUAAAUCCAAGGGACUUUUAGGAUACACUUUAAUGGUGCCCUGGCUAGGUGAUGGGUUAUUGACAAGUGAUGGUAAAAAAUGGGAGAGAAAUCGAAAACUUUUAACAGCUGCUUUUCAUUUUGAAAUAUUACAGCCUUAUGUUGGUGUUUAUAACAGUGUAACAGAUAUAUUAAUGAAAAAGUUAGAGAAAACAAAUGGUGAAUUUAUUGAAGUGUUUGAACCGGUUAGUUUGGCCACAUUAGAUAGCAUGUUACAGUGUGCAUUCUCGUAUCAAGGAAAUAUACAACAGCUCGGAGUACAUCAUCCCUAUGUUGUUUGUGUUCAGAGAAUGGGUUGUCUGAUUUUAAGAAGGAGUGUGAGUUUAGUGAAUUUGAUUACACCAAUCUAUAAACUAACUAAAGAAGGUAAAGAGUUCUAUAAAAUGUGUGAUUAUGUUCAUCAGUUUUCACAAGAAAUUAUCAACAAGAGAAAACUUCAACUGCAAAAAGUAUCAGAAGAAGAAUUAAAGGAGAGACGUAAUCUAGAUUUCCUGGAUAUCUUAUUGACAGCUAAAGAUGAAAAUGGUGAAGGUUUGUCUGAUAUAGAAAUAAGAGAUGAAGUUGAUACUUUCUUAUUUGAAGGUCAUGAUACGACAGCAUCAGCUAUUAGUUGGUGUUUUUAUGCAUUGGCCCGGUACCCAAAAAUACAGGAGAAAGUUUAUGCUGAUGUUUCUAGAGUUUUAGAUGUUUCUGCUGAUCUUCAAUGGAAAGAUCUGGCAGAGUUCACGUUUUUACCACUGUUUAUUAAAGAAACGUUGAGAUAUUUUUCACCUGUACCGACCAUCAGUCGACAGGUCAAGGAUCCAAUCGUAAUCGACAAUGUCAGGAUACCAAAAGACACGAUCAUCGAUAUACACAUGGUUCAUAUUCAUCAUAAUCCUAAUAUAUGGACAGAUCCCCAGGAAUUUAAACCAGAAAGAUUUACCACAGAGGCCAUUGAUAGUCGAGAUCCAUAUGCAUUUGUUCCAUUUUCUGCUGGACCAAGAAAUUGUAUUGGUCAGAAUUUUGCCAUGAAUGAGAUUAAGACUGUGAUUAGUCGAGUCAUACACAGAUUCCGUGUAGAAUACGAUGAGACGAGAAUACCUGAAACGAUACCUGAAUUAGUAACACGAGCUAAAGAUGGGUUAUUUUUACGAUUUAUACCCAGAAUGCUUGAAGAAUAAAUACAGGAAGUAGAAGCUAUAGCCAGCAUAUAAACCAGUUCUUAUUCUCCAACUUACACUAUUUUGCCUACACCGGGGUGGGUUUUUUUUUUGUUUUUUUUUGUUUUUUUAGGACUUCGAAUUUUGUCUAAUGGUUUGGAUUGUUCGUACUUGGUUUUAUUUUUUAUUUAUAGCCAAGUAUAUAAUAUACCUCAUGUAGCCAGGUAUAUACCCCAUGUAGCCAGGUAUAUAUCUCAUGUAGCCAGGUAUAUAUAUACCUUAGGCAGCCAGGUACCCCAUGUAGCCAGGUAUAUACCUCAUGUUAAAUAAAGACUACAAUGAAUAGACUGAAUUUUGCAUUUAAACUCUUUGUAAUAAAUAUUUAUCGGUUAUAAUAAAUGUUUAUCGGUUAUAAUAAAUAUUUAUCGGUUAUAAUAAAUGUUUAUCGGUUGUAAUAAAAUGCUAUGAUUGUUAUCAUUAGAAAGAUAAUUGAGCACUGAAUUGGUUGAUUUUAAUAAUUUUUUAUUUUUCAAAUAUUAGAUGUGCAGCACCAACAUUGUUAAUUGUGUUUAGCAACAAUUGCUGGAUUGUGCUAUUUGUAAUAAUUCAAGUGGGUGGGGGUAUGUUCACCUCGAUUUUAUUAUUAUUUACAAACAGAAACAUUUUCUUGAAGUGGUAAAACAUAAACCAUUUAGAAAUAUAAGCAAUGGAUGGCUAGAAAGGCCUUUGAACCUUUGUCUGCCAUCCAACCUUGUGGGUUUUCUCCGGGUCCGCCGGUUUCCUCCCACUGCUAAAGACCCCUACGCGCAAGCGAAUUAUGUAAAUAAAAUUAAACCAUAUGUUAGUCCCGAAAUGACCUAGUUUGGUCAAGUGGACGUUAAACCCCAUUUCUCUCUCCCUCUCUUUGUCUGCCAUGUUAUAUAUUGUAAUGUAAUAUUAUAGUUUAGUCUUGUAUUGUUAUAUUAUAGUUAGUCUUGUAUUAAUAUUAUAUCAAUAUACUAACAUAUAUUAUAUAUACCAUAAUAAUUUUCAUUACCAUAAUAAUGUGAUAACCAACAUAUUGUGAUAAUAAUUUUCAUUUCUGCAAAUAUCUCAUUUACAUCUAUAAUUGCUAAAAUCACCUGAAUUUGAUCAAACCUCUGUUGAUGAGAGCAGGAAUUAUUUACCAGAUUGUUGUUUUAUAAAACUUUCAGAACGAUCACCUAUAAAUAAAUACAUCCUUGUUAUUACUUCACAUCAUAUUUCCAACUAUUUGUCAAAUUGUCGUAACUCGGUACACAAAAAUAUGACGGUGGAUUUCUUUAAAUGGACUGUAUGAGAUUUUUUCCUGGUUGAUACAUCGAACCGUAAAUGAUCAAUCUUGUAUCUUUAAAUGGACUGUAUGAGAUGUUUUUCCUGGUUGAUACAUCGAACCGUCAAUGAUGAAUCUUGUAUCCUGGUUGAUACAUCGAACCGUCAAUGAUCAAUCUUGUAUCCUGGUUGAUACAACGAACCGUCAAUGAUCAAUCUUGUAUCUAUAAAUGGACUGUAUGAUCAAUCUUGUAUCCUGGUUGAUACAUCGAACCGUCAAUGAUCAAUCUUGUAUCUUUAAAUGGACUGUAUGAGAUUUUAUCUUGUAUCUUUUAUAGAAAAACAGUUACAAAGUUUUUAAUCUCUCCUGUAAUCAACUCUCUAGACCAUCUCUCCUGUAAAGUUAGGAAAAAAACGAGAUACGACCUUUUGCAACUUCACCGACGAUAGGCAAUACGAUCUAUGCUCUUUGAGGGGUGGGAUCUAUGCUCAUUGUGGGGUGGGAUUAUGGAUGACACCCUAGAUUUGGAACCGCAACCACCCUAUUCACCGCUUCUAGAUCCGCUACUGGCCUUACCUUAACAUCCUAUCAAUGUAUAACAGUAAAUGUGAUACAAACUAUAACAUUGUAUAGCCCAGCUUAUUUUAGCAAAAGUUGCUCAGUUAAUGAAAAAACACCCUCAUGUGUCUUAGAAGUCAUACAGAUGGCAUGACCCUUAAUUCUAUGAAGAUCAAAUUGGUAAAUAAUUUCUUGCGCAUCUUUAUUCGUGUCUUACUUCACUCAUCUUUCAGGCCUAGGUUUUUGGGGUAGGGACUCCAGAACAUGAACCUACCAAAUAUGCCUUUAAGUGAUGAAGAAGUGCAGAGUAAAUUUGGGUUCUCGUCAACAUGUUUUGGGGUAGCGGAUUCGCGAAAAUAGUAUAAGGAACCAUACCACCGGGCAUAUCUUCAAAGGAAAUAAUGGGCCCAAAAACAUUAAUUUUGAGACUAAAAUUGCUAUUUUAUGAUAAAACAAUGCAGAGUUAUGCCCCUUUAUAAAUUUGGAUUCUGGGCAGCAUGUUUCUCGGGUAAUGAAAUCCCCGAAAAUAGUCCAAAAGAGCACUGUCCACCUACCAAAACCAUGCCAAAUAAAAGUUUGACCCCGACAA